CUCCCGGGGAGCGCACGGCCGAGCCCCGGGGCUGAGCCCUGCCCAUCCCGGCCUCACCACCGGCCCGGGGCCGAGGUUUGCCCCCGGCACCCACCCUCGCCCCCGGCAGCAUGCCCCGCGGGCGAGCCUGGACGCAGGCGGAGGUCAGCAGCCUCCUGGCGCUGGUGGGGAGCUCCGGGGAGGCCACCCUGCUCAUGGCUUCCACGUCGCGACCCAACGAGGCACUGUGGCGGGAGAUCUCCCAGGGGCUGGCGGCGGCCGGCUACGGGCGCAGCGUGGCCCAGUGCCGCUCCAAGUGGAAGGCACUCAAGCAGGCUUUCCACUCUGAGCGGGAGACGCGCCGGAGGGCAGGACACCACUCGCCCUGCCUGCCCCCGCACUACCGAGCCAUGAAGAGCAUCUGGAAGGCGGCCGGGCGGCCCGUUUUCGGCGAGCGGAGGAUGCCAGACCUGGUGAAGCUGCCCCCCAGGAAGCGCAGGUCAGCCCCUGCUGCCCACCCUUCAUCCUCGCCAGAGCCACCAGAGCACGAUGUCGGCAGGGACGCCCCAGGCAUGCUGCUGUCCCCUCUGCUGCAGUGUGUGAAGGACGAGCCAGAGAGCCCAGCCAGUGGGGACCACGUCGCUGGAGUGCUGCCCGUUUCCCCCACCAUGCCACACACCGGUCACUGCUUCCCUCCCCUUCCCCUCCUGGGCUGUCACACUGCCCUGAAGCAGGAAAGAGCUGAGCGAAAGGCUGAUUUUCCUGGUGAGACGUCCCCGGGGAUGCAAAGAGGAAACCAAGUGCUGCCAGUGGCCACCACAGCCCCGGGCUCCCCUGGGACAGCUGCCAUGAGCGAGCAGCCAGCAGCAGAAGGGGCAUCAGAUGCAAGCCUGCAAGGCUCCAGCGUGGCAGGCUUGCUUCAGAGCGUUCAGCAGCUGCUGGUGCAGAUCCUGCAAACAUCGCGGCAGCAGCAGGCGCUGCUGGAGAGCCUGGCCAGUGACACUGUCUCCCACCUCCACCUCCUCUCCCACAGCCUGGUGCAGGUGGGUGAGACCCUGCACCAGCUCCUGCUCCGGCCGCAGACCCACCCUGGCCCACUUGGUCACUACGUCCCCCACGUGCCCCUUUUUGAAGGUGGCCCCGGGGUGCCCUGCUCCCCAGGUGCUUCCCACACCUCCCCAGAUCACAAAGAGGAGCCUCGGGUGUCCCCUGCUGCCGGCUGCACCCCGCCAUGAGUGCCACCAUCCCCAGCCCCAGGGGCAGCGAUUCACUACACAGCUGUGGCGCAAAUCUUUAUAGCAGAGGCCCUGGAUAUUUUGGAAGUUUAUAGAAGAGAGACAUUUUAAUAAAAUUAAAAAUAGCUUUUGUA